AUGUUGUCGCAACCAGAUAUAAACAGUCUGCUGCACAACAUGCGUACACAGAUUCAGGCGUUAACAAAUCAGCUCACCGAGAUUCAGGCUGCCCCAGCAGCAAAAUCUAUGGUUGAGCGAAAGUUCAACAAGAAAGUCGAGAUUGUCGCUGACCCCAGCGCUUUCCAAGGAGAUAGGGCGCGAUUUGCCGAAUGGUGGAUCAAGCUCCAGAUUUGGAUCAAAGCGAAGGAUGUGUUUGCUGAUGAUUUUGAAAUAGCGACGGCUGUGCUGUCAAGACUGAAAGGACCUGUGGCGGGUCGAUACGCCCAAGUAAGAAUGCAGGAGUGCUGUACAGCGGGAGUGUGGCCUACUUGGGAUGAUCUCAAAGUCGAGAUCAAAAAAUACUUCAAACCCCAAGCUGAGCAUGACUUGGUGCGUCAGCAAAUCCGUACCUUCAAACAAGGAAACAUGAGGAUGGAUGACUUUGUUACCCGGUUCCUGGCCUUCUCCAUCCAAGGGGGUCUAGGCAAUGAACAUGCAGUAGAGUUGUUGGAGCGCAAUGCAUCACCGGUUAUUGCCCGACAGCUCUACAUACAAGAUAUGCGGAGUGAGAACCUUGCAGCAGCUGCUGAGGAGGUUCAAAAAAUUGGUAGGGCCAUAGAGCUCUACGAUAUGCUAUUUGGUGGCGGGUCCACCACCAAAAACAAUGUUCCCCAGAGGCACCCUGGCCAGGACAGGGUGCUCCUAUGGAUAUUGGUGCAGUCCAAGGCGGACAGAUGCGCAGAUUCAAGGGCAACUGUUACAACUGUGGCCAAGAGGGACACAUGUCCCAAGAUUGCAGAAAAGGGGCGCAGGCCGCCCAACAAAAAAAAUAACCAAGGGCGACAGGCGCGCCAAUUAGAAACAGAAAAACCGGACGAUUGGCUCCAGACUCUGGCCGGUCGUUCAUACAACGAGAUCCGGGCCUUCUUUUACGACCAGCAGGUCACUGAAAUAAAGACCCAGGGAAAAGAGUUUGGAGCUUAG